UAGACCAUCCGUGGAGGUUCAUACAAAGUUACCAGGAGCCAAAAAGUCACGUUUUUUGUCCAGUUUGCGCACACUUUUACGCACGUACAUGAAGCCAAGAUGACGUUUAGGAGGGUGAAGAAAGUCAACUCCAGCGGACCAGAUAGCGGAGGAAAUACUCAAGAAAACGACAUUUAUUUCCCAUCGUCAAAAUCCGAUAGUUGCAGGACUUCAAUGGACUUGCAGACAAAACCAUCGGACGUGUACAAUUACAAAACUUUGGCGUAUUCAGGCGGGACACUACCGAGGAAUUUCAAAAAGAAUGGAGGACUGCAGAAGUGGAAGCCUCUUACACAGACCCCAGAACCACAAAGAAAGGUGGUGGAGCUAGAGAAGAGUGAUGAGGAGACGUUUGGUUUUGAGAUCCAGACUUAUGGACUGCAUCACCAGGACCAAAACACAGUGGAGAUGUGCACGUUUGUCUGUAAAGUGCAUGAGGAUUCCCCAGCACAACGCUCCGGACUCAAAGUUGGUGACACCAUCUCCAGUGUGAAUGAGGCCGCAGUGGAGGGAUUUCGACAUAAAGAAAUCGUGCAGCUCAUCAAGGCCUGUGGAAACUCUCUCAGACUAGAGACAGUUUACAGCGACACGAUACGCAAAGCAGAACUGGAGGCAAGACUGCAGUAUCUAAAGCAAACUCUUCAUGAGAAAUGGGACGAGUAUCGGUCACUGAUGGUGCAGGAGCAGAGGCUUGUGCAUGGUAUAGUGAUGAGCGACGCUGCUAUAUACGAGUCCCUGGAGCUGGCUGGGAUCUAUGGCAGCGUGGGCACCCCCAGUCCCAUCACGGCUCCGAGGGGCACCAGGGGAACGGACAGUACCAGCAGCAGUGCCAGCCUCCUCAGCACCGCAACCGACGACGAUCCGCUCUACCAAACGUGCAUGUAUCAACCCGACGGCAGCGUGGACUCUGAUCACGCCAAUCAAAACGCUAAACAAAAACCACUGCGGUCGAUCCAGAGGCGGCUACGUCCUGCUAGUGAACUCUUUACUACGGCUAAAACGCACCUAACUCGCAGCGCUAGUACAAGAAGCUACACCAGGCCACAAUCGGCGACAAUAACCCCAGCGGAAAAGCAGGGAGGGUUUAGCUCUCUGCAAAGGAAAAAUAAACCAAAAAGCUUUCGAAGGCGGCUUUUAAAAUUCAUUCCGGGUUUGAACUUGCCCCUAGAGGAGGAAGAGAGCAAAUUAUAACCAGCAAUAAUAGAAAUAAGUUGUGAUCAUGUGAUGUUGUAACACUCUGAAGGGUCUGUAGUUUAAACAGAUGGAGGACAGGGCUGAAUUUGCUGUGUCUGAUGCAGAUGUGUUGACCUGGUUCAUGGUUAAUAUCUCUGCAAUUACAGGGGCCUAUCGACAGGAAACAAAAACUGGCACAAAGGUCAGAACAAGGUGGUUGAAUUUAUUUUUAUUUCAAUGUCAAAAAGUGGUAACAUUGUUCAAAUACACUAAUAUUAAUGUAAAAAUGUAUUGGGGAUUUUUGUUGUUUUCAGUACAAAUUCAUGGGAUAUAAGGGUGAUGGAAAAACUAGGACUGUUGCCAUUGCAAUACCAAACAAAAUAUAAGAAAGUCCUCAAAAUGGCAGCUAUAAGUGGAAACUGAAACCCUACAUGAAUAUACUAUAGGCUAACUUUAUAAAAUAUAAAAGUUUGUCAUUUAAGAGCCUAAUAACGCUUAUUAUUGUAUUAUAUAGAACCUUUAAGUUAAUAACACAGACAUUAGACAUUUUUGUAUUCUCACUAUGUAGUUUUUUAUUAUAUAUAUCACCCAUAAAGUAACACUGGUCCUGUCCUCCAUCUACAAAAUGAAAGCAAACUAUUGUGGUUAAUGCUAAGACCCAAAGACGUACAGCACCAAAGAGUGAAAAGAGAUGGACGUGGUUCUGUGUUUGUGAAUAAGACUAAUGGACAUUUCAAGAGGCCUUUCUAAGUUUGUACAUAACUUGUGUUUAAGUUAUUUAUUUAUUUUAAUUUGUCAAUGUACAGAAUCCUUUUUGUUCUGUUUUUACUGCAUGCACGACAAAUAAAUACAUUUGCUAACAUUAAAAUGAAGAUUCUGUAAAAA